GUCCUUUUUGAAUCAUGCUAUCUGGGUUUGAUGUUCUUUUGAAUUAUGCUAUCUGGGUUCUUCUCAUUGUACAUUUUGUAUCUUUCAUUUUUUUUUGUUGUUAGUUUUUCCAUGAAAUAGGUGUUCACAAUUGGUGCUUUUGAACUUUUGAUGGCUUUUUGAAUGAUGUUUUUUUUUUUGGCUUCUUCCUCGUUGGAUCAUUCCAUCAUACAUUAAUGAAUCGGAUGAAAGUCAUUGCCUUUUCUUUCUAGAAAGUGGUGUUUUUUUUUUAUAUUAGUUUCGGUUUCUAGUCCUUUUCAUUAAUGGGGUUUGAAUGACAUUUAUGGAAUACAUUAGUUAUACAUUUGCUUUCAGCAUUUAUGAUCUCUCCAUUUUGAGGUUCUAUUCAAUUUUCCAUGACUCUUCCCUUUUACAACUCCAUGCAAUGAAUUCUGUUUUCUAUCACGAUUCCCUCUGAAUUCAACAUGCUUUAAAUUGAAACACAAGGAAUCUAAUUGCUUCUGCCACAACUUUUAUUCAUCUAUUACUCUCAUUUUAUGUUAUUUGACUUUCCUGACUGAAGCUUGUUAUUCAUUUUAUGCUAUUUGACUUUUUAUUAAUUUUUUUUUCGUUAAUCAAGAUUAAAGGAACUCCAAAUGGGGAGGAAAGGGGGUUGGUUUUCUGCAGUGAAGAGAGUUUUUGUUUCUGAUUCCAAAAAGGAACAGAAACACCAUCAUCAUCAUCAUCAUCAUAAGUCAAAGUUAGGAUGUUUUGGGACUCAUCACUAUGAGGAUCUAGAAGGAGCACCAAUUGCCGUUGUUCCUUCACUUCCACCAAGAAAAGAUCCCAAACCAAUAAGUGAGGCAGAGAAUAAUGAACAGAGCAGGCAAGCCUUUUCUUUGGUUUUGGCUACUGCUGUGGCCGCCGGGGCUGCUGUUGCUGCAGAGGUUGCUUGUCUCACAAACACGCCUCGUUCCAAUGGAAAAGCGAAUCAAGAAAUGGCAGCUAUCAAGAUUCAAACAGCUUACCGUGGAUAUUUGGCAAGAAGAUCCUUGCGUGGCUUGAGAGGUUUGUCGAGGUUGAAAACAUUGGUGCAAGGGCAAUCUGUUCAACGGCAAGCAGCUACUACCUUGCAAUGCAUGCAAACUCUUUCACGGUUGCAGUCUCAGGUUCGUGCAAGGAAGGUCAGAAUGUCUGAGGAGAAUCAGGCUCUUCAUAGGCAACUGCAGCAGAAACGUGAAAAGGAAUUUGACAAGUCGCAAGCUAAUAUUGGAGAGAAGUGGGAUGAUAGCUUGAAAUCAAAGGAGCAAGUUGAAGCCAAAUUGUUGAACAGACAAGUAGCAGCUAUGAGAAGAGAAAAGGCUUUGGUCUAUGCAUCAACACAUCAGCAAACGUGGAGGAACUCUUCAAAAUCUGCUACAAAUGCAGCAUUUAUGGAUCCAAACAAUCCCCACUGGGGCUGGAAUUGGCUAGAGCGAUGGAUGGCUGCAAGGCCAUGGGAGGGUCAAAACACUACAUACCACAUUGGCCAUGCAUCUGCCAAAAGUGUUGCAAGCCAAACCAUGUCAGUUGGUGAAAUCACAAAAUUGUAUUCUCUCCGUGAUCAGAAUAAUGAUAUCAAAAUUUCCCCAGCAAGCCAAAAACCAACCUGCCCUCCCAGCCACAAUUCUCCUUCAACAACAGCCUCAAAGGUCCCAUUAGCCAAUGGAGCAAAGGCAAAGGUACUAUCAAGUCCAAGGGGUGGUUCAUGGGGUAGUGAUGGUGACUCAAAAAACAUGUUCAGCAAAACCUCAGAAAACAGCCGCAGGCACAGCAUUGGAGUGUCUCAAGUGAGAGAUGAUGAGAGCAAUUCAAGCUCAUCACCGUCCACAAAGGUUGCAACAAAGGCAAAGUCAUCAUCAUCCAAAGUGAGAAGUGCAUUGGUUGGCGAACAUAGUAAUGGAACACCUGAAAAAGCAGCUUCUGCUCUCAUAAAGAAGAGGCUUUCUUUCCCUGCUUCUCCAGCCGGUACAAGAAGGUAUGCUGUUUCAACUAGACCGGGAAAUGUGGCUUCCAACAAGAGUGUUGCUAAUGCUACCAUCCCUGAGGAGAAAGUGAGAAUGAGAAAUGGAGGGAGCAGGUAGGGAUGCAUCAUGCUCAUGCGUGCCAUUGGUGUACUUAGAAUAGAAAUAUGAAUGAAGAUGAAUCAAAUAAAAGAUGGUAUCAUCUUUUUAUAGUUGUCUCUAUCAACUUUUCUUCACAAGCCAUACUGUUGGUGCCAUGGGGGAGGAAAUGGAAUAAAAUUUGGCUGAUCAAGUAAUCAUUUUAUUCCUACAGUUGUCUUCAUAAUCAAUGUAGGCAACUUCUUCUUUUACUUCUUAACUGGUUAUAGUAGUGCUAUUUGUGAUGUUAUAACAAGAUUGGUUUUGGGGGUGAUACUAGUUUGAUGACAAUAUAUAUUCUUUAUGUAAUUACUCAUUAAUUAUUCUGUUUGUAAAGUAUUUAUCAAUUAUUCAAGGUAAAUUGCUUUCUUGUA